CCCAGUACUUGAAUAGCCUUUAAAACCCCUUCGUCUCCACUCUCACCCGUACAAAUAUCUGUUCAUCUCACAAAAGCUAAAAUGAGAAAAUUUUCAUUAAAUAAUGUUCCUCAUCAUAUUUUCUUGAUUUUUCUCUUUCUUUGGUUUUCAUGCAGUAUCACUCAUGCACAAUCGGAUCUUGAAACCCUGUUGAAACUGAAAUCCUCAAUAGUCGGAGCUGACGGGUCGGGUCUAGAUGACUGGGUUGCCACCCCGUCGUCUUCUCCGUCAGUUCACUGCACAUUUUACGGCGUGACGUGCAACGAUGAAUUAAGGGUGAUAUCUCUCAACGUCACCAACGUCCCACUUUUGGGGACCCUGCCGCCUGAGAUUGGGCUGCUGAGUGAACUAGUUAAUCUCACUUUAUCUGGUAAUCAUAUUACCGGCUCGAUUCCGAUGGAAGUUUCCAGUUUAAUCAACUUGAAGUACGUGAAUCUCUCCUGCAACCUGUUCAGUGGGACUUUCCCUGAAAAAAUUGUGCUUAAAAUGACAGAGCUCGAAGUUUUGGACGUGUACAACAAUAAUUUCAGUGGAAAUCUCCCCGUGGAGUUGGUCAAGUUAGAGAAACUGAAUUUUCUUAAGCUCGGAGGAAAUUAUUUUUCCGGGGAAAUCCCGGAAAUUUACUCCGAUUUCAAAAGCUUGAUGAUCUUGGCUUUACAAGGCAACAACUUGGGAGGAAAAAUUCCAGCAUCUCUGGCUAAGAUUCCGAACCUUCAGGAGCUUUCUUUGGGUUACUAUAAUUGCUAUGAAGGUGGCAUUCCGCCGGAGUUUGGUACGAUAGCCACGCUGCGAUUACUUGAUCUUGGAAACUGUAAUCUCACCGGUGAAAUUCCGGCGAGUCUUGGGAAUCUCAAGCAUUUGCAUACUCUGUUUCUUCAGUUGAACAAUCUCACUGGCCAUAUUCCACCGGAGCUUUCGGGGUUGUUCAGCCUGAUGUCACUGGACCUUUCCAUUAAUCUUCUUACAGGAGAGAUACCAGAAAGUUUUGCUGAAUUGAAGAAUUUGACUCUGCUUAAUUUGUUUCAGAACAAAUUACAGGGUCCUCUUCCAAGGUUCAUUGGGGACCUGCCCAAUCUUGAAGUUUUACAGAUAUGGAACAACAAUUUCACUCUGGGACUGCCGGAAAAUCUCGGCAGGAACGAGAGGCUAAUGCUGCUGGACGUUACACAGAAUCGCCUGACUGGAACUAUCCCGAAGGACUUGUGUAAAGGAGGAAAGCUUAAGACUUUGAUUUUAAUGGACAAUUAUUUCUAUGGCCCGAUUCCAGAUGAGUUGGGUGAGUGCAAGUCCUUGACUCGGAUCAGAAUAAAGAAGAAUUACUUGAAUGGAACGAUUCCGGCUGGAUUUUUUAAUUUGCCACAGUUGGAUAUGCUUGAGCUAAAUGAUAAUUUCUUCACGGGCGAGCUGCCCGAUGAGAUUUCUGCUAAUACUCUUGGGAGUCUUUCUUUGUCGAAUAAUUGGAUUACGGGGAGAAUUCCUUCGGCUAUUGGGAAUCUGAUGAAUCUUGAGAAUUUGUUCCUUGACUUGAACAAGUUCUGUGGCGAAAUCCCGGAAGAAAUUUUCAGUCUAAAAAAACUUUCAGAGUUGAAUUUCAGUGGCAACAGCUUGAAAGGCAAAAUUCCAGCUUCCAUUGCUCGUUGUUCCCACUUGACUUUCAUUGAUCUAAGCCGAAACAAUCUAGACAGUGUGAUUCCUAUGGAGAUUUCUGUGCUGCAGAAUUUGAAUGUUCUUAACCUGUCGAGGAACAAACUCACCGGCGCAAUUCCAGGUUCAGUUGGGUUAAUGAAAAGUUUAACAACUUUGGAUCUUUCUUACAAUGAUUUUUCAGGCAGAAGACCGACAACCGGGCUAUUUAGAGACAUUGAUGAUCUGUUUUUGGCCGGAAAUCCUAACCUCUGUGAACCUCAGAGCACGUUUUGUUCCUCUGCUUCGAGUUCAUCACAAAGACAUCCGAGAGAAUCAAAUAUGGUGAUCAUUGUAGUAAUAGUAGUCUUUGUUUUAUUGCUAAUGGCUGUUGCCUUGAUCGCAAUUAGAAAGAGAACGCUCAAGAAAUCGAAAUCCUGGAAACUUACAGCGUUCCAGAGGCUAGACUUCAAAGUGGACGACGUAAUAGAAUGCAUACAAGAUGAGAACAUAAUUGGUAAAGGUGGAGCUGGGAUUGUCUACAGAGGCUCCAUGCCAAAUGGCUUUGACAUCGCGAUAAAAAGAUUAACUUGCCGUGGUAAUAGUCCAACUGAUUAUGGAUUUAUGGCUGAAAUUAAGACAUUGGGGAGAAUACGGCACCGAAACAUAGUAAGACUUCUGGGGUAUGUAUCGAACAAUGAGAACAAUUUAUUGUUAUAUGAAUACAUGUCCCAUGGAAGCUUAGGGGAGAUGCUGCAUAGUGCCAAGGGCGCUCACUUACAGUGGGAAUCACGGUACAGGAUUGCAGUGGAAGCAGCUAAGGGCUUAUGUUAUUUGCACCAUGAUUGUUCACCUUCGAUUAUUCACAGAGACGUGAAAUCGAAUAAUAUUCUGCUCGACUCGGAUUACGAAGCUCAUGUGGCUGAUUUCGGACUGGCCAAGUUCUGCCAUGACGCCGGUGCAUCUGAAUGCAUGUCCUCCAUUGCUGGCUCCUAUGGCUACAUUGCACCAGAAUAUGCCUACACACUAAAAGUGGACCAGAAGAGUGAUGUGUACAGCUUUGGGGUGGUGAUGUUAGAACUGAUCACAGGGCGAAAGCCAGUGGGGGAGUUUGGGGAUGGUGUCGACAUAGUGAGGUGGGUGAGAAAAACGACAUCAGAGCUCUCUCAACCUUCAGACGCUGCCUCGGUACUAGCAGUAUUGGAUUCUAGGCUCGUUGGCUAUCCCUUAAAUGGUGUUAUAAACUUGUUCAAGAUUGCAAUGCUGUGCGUCGAGGAUGAGAGCGCGGCCAGGCCGACAAUGAGGGAAGUAGUUCACAUGCUCACUAAUCCUACACAAUCUGCCCCUAACCUGCUUAGUCUAUGAAUUGGCUUUCGAGAAUCUGAAAAUUUUGGGGAAAAGAUAACGAUAAGUUUGUAAUGUAGUGUAAUAACUUCUUGUAGCUUUUGGUCUGUAAACUUAGAAGGGCCAAAAAUGGAGCAGGAAAAUGUGCUUUGUUGUUGUUGUAGGUGUAAUGUUUGUUUUCUGGUUCUGUUUGUCUAUAUUUUCAUGACCAGUUAUACAAGUUUCCCCAUUCUCUUCCU